UGUUCGUAAACUCCUUCAGCGAGCUGCUGAGGACUGAACCGGCUGUACAGCUGGUACUUUUCAUGACAUUGCCAUCCUGUUCAACCUGAUCAUCAUUCUGUUGAUGCUAUUUAACACCUACGUGUUCCAGAUCGGCCUGGUGGCCAUAUUGCUGGAGCGAUUUAGAGCUCUGCUAAUGCUCUCUGCUCUCUAUCUGACCUUCAGUAUCAUACUCCAUUCCUGGCUCAUGAAUCUGCGUUGGCUAAAUACCAACAGAUUUAUUUGGACAGACGGCCUUCAGGUGCUGUUUGUCUUCCAAAGAGCUGCCUCUGUGUUGUACUACUACUUGUACAAGAGGACCUCAGAGUAUCUAGGCGACCCUCGCCUCUAUGAGGAUUCACCGUGGCUGCGAGAACUCUUUGCUCGGGUCAGACAGUGAUCCCACUGCAACAGAGCAUGAAGCCACUGAGGCCAGAACACGUGUAGAUUGCACAAGAAAGAAAUUGUCCACUUAUGUUACAAUGACAUAUGCGUAUAAAAAUCCAUACAAUGGAUAAAUAAUUUAAUGCAACUUAUUUGAAAGGUUUCUGAGAUGUAUAACAAUAACAAUUACAUUUGAGAAACAUUCAUUUUCAAAUGCAAAAUAAGACAUACUUUCAAAUCUAAAAUGCAUUUCUUGCAACACAAGAACUACCAAAUCUGUCUGAGAGGAAUCGUAGCCAAUAAAUUUAAUCCACAGAAGAUUUCCUUCCAAUGCAGGAGGGACUGUGCCAAAAUCUGGUAAGUCGUUUUAGAACAACGACGUCUCAUCAGGCUAGUUUUGCUGUUCAGAUUUUAAAAUGACGUGAAAAGUGAAAUAAUGAUUCAAAAUACCAGUCACCACAUGCCCUAUUUCUUUUUCUUUUUUGUUAAUGCUAUUGCAGUUGUUUUAUACACAUUUGACACCUUUUGUGUUGCUUUGAAUUCUUGUUUGUUAUGUUGAUAUUGAACAGGGUUUAGCUUUAUCAUGGAACUUGAACAGUUACUGAACUCCACUGUCUGUAACAUCUGACCCAUCAUGUGGAUCUAAGCUGGCUGUGUUUCAUUUUCAAAAGUGUUAAAUGCUUAAAAUACAAUAAAAUACGAUAAACAAUAAAAAAUUUGAAAUGGUGGUCAUUUAAGGGCCUUACACAUGCCACGAUUUUUGCACCUUCAGAUUUACUGUUG